AUGGGAAAAGACUUCAGAGAACGUUUUUAUGUGUUAGAGAUCACACAAUCUGUGCUAGAAGCUCAAUACUCCUCUCAGUCUACGCCCUUGGAACUAGUUCUAUUCAUACACUGUGACGAUGUGCCACGUCACACGCUCACUCCUGCCAACAAAGGUACUGUAUAUAGGCAACGCUUCGCUAGGGCACCUUCAGUAGACGAACGGACAUUAUCGCACAACAAGCUCUCUCCUCAAGUGCCUCCACAAGAUAUCAUAAUGUCUCUCCUUCAGAGUUUCUCGAGUGGUCAGCCAGUUUAUGAGUCUGGCGUCAAGUGUUGCAACUGCGGCGGCGUGAAGCGGCCCUGGGACAUGUUCCUCCCCAUCACUCUCAGAGGAAGUUUCUUCCAAGACUCGUUCUUCUCCAACUUGCACCAGCAUUUCCACGCCACCGUCAGGGACAUACUGAACAGAUGGAGCGACUCUGACCUCAAGCUCACCGACCCCUGGGACGACGUCAAUGCCCGCCACACUGACAUCCUUGAUCGUUACCGCCAGCUUCGCUCCCGCAACCUGAAGGAGGAAAAUCAAGCUGUUGCCGUCACGUCGGAUGACACCAGCCGAAAGGUGGUAAUGGACGUGCAUGACUUCAUGGGCGGAGACGUGAAGGUGAAAGUGGUAGGCGAGAAAGACCUCGUGGUGGAGGGCAGUGUGGAGAAGAAAGAGGGAGGCUCCUCAGUGUCCUCGCACUCCUUCAGACGCCGCUUCUCCUUGCCUCGUCUCACUGACUUGUCAGCCAUUGACUCUGUCAUGUCUUCGGAUGGUAUCCUCACCAUUACAUCGCCCAAAAUUGAGAGCGAACCACAGCACAAGACCACCAUCAUCCCCAUCCAGAUGGAGGAAACUCAGAAUAAGAGUGUUAGUGAAGCAGCUUCGUCUGAAUCUUUCAAAUGUGAACAGUGUAGUCAAAAGCAGACUUCUGUCAAUGGAAGCAACCAGGGAGUAAGUGUUCCCAUCAAGAACUACGAGCAACCUUCGGAGGCCAACAAAUCGCAGUCGAAACAGAGUCAGAUCACUCAAGAAUCUGCUCAGUCAUCGACUUCCCCCAGAUUGAUUCCCAUUGAAAUCGAAGCAGAUGAAGGUACAAAUAAAGCUCUCUUGAGUCAGGGGACGCAGUCAUCGGAAUCCCAGCUAAAAUCCUUAGAAAAUGACAAGAUGUUUCAAAUGGAUUCAUUCCCUGGACACUUCUUUCCCAUUACAACAGCGAGGACUCUUCUUCAAUGACUCGUUCUUCCAAGACUCGUGGAAUGACUUCCAGAAGGCCGUGAGGGAGGUGCUGGCCAGGUGGGGAGAGCAGUCAUCGCUGGUCGACGACCUGACUAGUUACAGGAAUCUUCGAAGUCGCGACCUUCGAGAAGAUACUCAGGCUGUCAC